CGGAAAAAUUCUUGAAUUAUGAAAGAGCCCAUUGAACACAGGAGCACAAACAAAGUAUGAGGCAAUUCGGAACAGUAUUAAGUGUUCUCCACGAGCUGAGAAAAGAUCCUGCAAGCGGGUUUUCUCCAACCCACGCUCAACGUUUUUGUUUAGCAGAGGAAUCAAGCACCGUAGACCCCCCCACCCUUUGGUCCGCCCGCACCUGAGCGGCUGAGGCGGGGCGGGCCGUCGGACGCAUGCGCUGGGGCGGUGGCAGCGAGCGAACCGCAGGGGUCCGGAGGAGUUGGGACGCGUGCCCUCCCCUGAGGAAGAGCCGGACUGCCGCGCCCGCCGGCACCGCGCCGCUCGCCUAAAGCCGGCUGCCGAGGUAUGAAGCGUCCAUUAAGUCCUGACCGUGUCUUUGAAGAUGGGAUUAUGAAUCAGCCAGCUGUUCUACGGAGUUCUGAAGAAAAAGGAUUGAAAAAUGACAGACAGGACUAUCAACUAGGCAAAGAAAAAAAGAAGAUACUAUUUUCAUUCUGCGAAGUGUGCAAUAUACAGCUGAACUCUGCAGCACAAGCUCAAGUUCAUUACAAUGGCAAAUCUCACCUGAAAAGAGUGAAGCAGCUAAAUAAUGGAAAGCUCCCUACAAGUACAGCUCCUGGCACCUUAUUUGCAAGUACAAGCACAGGCACUACUGCACUUCCCACCCUUGUGCGUGCACCUACCUUGAUGAUGCAGCCUUCCCUGGAUAUCAAACCCUUUAUGUCCUUCCCUGUGGACAGCAGCUCUGCUGUUGGAUUCUUCCCAAAUUUUAACACAAUGGAUCCAGUGCAAAAAGCAGUCAUAAACCAUACGUUCGGAGUGUCCAUUCCCCCAAAGAAGAAGCAAGUCAUUUCCUGUAAUGUCUGCCAGCUUCGCUUUAACUCUGAUAGCCAGGCCGAGGCCCAUUACAAAGGAAGUAAGCAUGCCAAGAAGGUGAAAGCACUAGAGGCAACGAAAAAUAAGCCAAAAGUUGGGUCUUCCAAGGACAGCGCAAAGGCUAACCCAAGCUGCUCCACGCCAGUCACAACCAACAUCUCUGACAAAUCAGAAGAUAAAGGAAAAGUGAAAUCCAAUGGUGCAAGUCAGCAUUCCAGUACAGAAGUGGGUGCUUUUCUUUCCAAAACUGGAGUGGCAGCAGUGGCACCUGUAACACCUGCAGCAUCCUCCAACAGCACUAAUGGGGCUCCCAGCACAGCCUCUGAGUCAGAAGAGGAAAAAGCCAAAAAACUACUUUACUGUUCAUUGUGCAAAGUAGCUGUGAAUUCCCUGUCACAACUAGAAGCACACAAUACAGGCUCAAAACACAAGACGAUGGUCGAGGCUCGGAAUGGCGCUGGUCCCAUCAAGUCUUACCCUAGACCUGGCUCACGGCUGAAGGUGCAGAAUGGCAGUAAAGGCUCAGGACUGCAGAACAAGACAUUUCAUUGUGAAAUCUGCGAUGUCCACGUUAACUCAGAAAUUCAGCUUAAACAGCACAUUUCCAGCCGAAGGCAUAAGGACAGAGUUGCAGGAAAGCCUAUGAAACCUAAAUACAGUCCUUACAACAAACUGCAGCGCAGCCCAAGUAUUUUAGCAGCAAAGCUUGCAUUCCAGAAAGACAUGAUCAAGCCACUGGCCCCUGCAUUUCUCUCCUCACCACUGGCUGCUGCAGUGUCAUCGGCACUGUCACUCCCAGCCCGCCCUGCGGCCUCCCUCUUCCAGGCACCUGCCAUCCCCCCAGCCCUCCUCAGGCCUGGCCACGGGCCCAUUCGUGCUACACCCGCCUCCAUCCUUUUUGCACCAUACUGAGUCUGGUGUUAAAGGGAGAUAGCUAUGGCCAGUAGGAAGGGUGAAAGAAUAGCGAGCAAAGGGUCUUUUGAAACGCCACCCUGCGUGACGUCUCAACCAUCUUCACCAUAAAGCGCAUCGCUGACGGGUACUGCGUUUUGAAAUCUAGACAACUCUCUUUCUUGGUCUCUCUCUCCCUCUUAAUCCAAAUAGAGAGUGAUUUACUAAAAACUUAAUUGCUCAUAAAAUUGUAUCAUUACAGAUAAAUGCAUCUAUUAUUAUUUUUUGCAAUGUGUAUGACGCACCUUGGAAACAAGGAACAUAACAUAUUUUCCUGACAGACUUGAAAACUAGGGUCUUCCUCGCUCACACCUACGUACAUAGCUCUCUGAAAACCGCAGGGGUGUAAUCUGGUGUGGAAAAAGGUAAGUGAGCCAAGUGCUUGAUUGGGGGUAACAUCUCCAAAUGAACUGCGUCCUUUUCUUUUCAAUGUGCUCUCUUGUUGACAGGGAUUGUGUACUGUCCUAGGCCCCAGUACUGGUGUAUCUUGUGUAGUACUGAAGAUGUACUGCGUCUGAUUUUAAGAUUUUUAGUUUUUGUGCAGUUGUUUGGAAGUAAUGCAGCGCUGAAGCUUUUUUUAAUAUUUUCUUUCGUGUCAGACUUUAUUUAGAGAGAUUAAAACUAGAAAGCCAUAUAAUACAUAGUUAAGAUUACUACUUGUUUGCUACUUUAAAUUAUUUUUGUUGUUUCUUUGCUGAUGUUGCUAAGCAAUGUUUAAAGAGGAAAAAAUAAAAGCUUUUCAAUUGCACAUUACCACAACUCAUAUGCAUUGUUCAAGACAACAAUGGAUCCGUGUAAUUGUACGUAAAUAUCCUUUUUUUCCAUUUCUAACUAGUUUCCUUCAUAAUGAUGCUGCAUAAUGUUGUGGCUCCUUAAUGCAAUAAUGUACAGAACAUGAAAUAUUUAUAAUUGACUGUCUUAUCUGUUUACUGAAUAUAUUGCAGUAAUAGCUCACCUCUCUUCCUACCUCCCCAGCCCUUUUAUAAAAGUGAUAUCAAUAUGCAGUACUCAGAUUGAAGUCAUUAUGUGACAAUGGGGACAACAGGUGGAAGAAAGGAAAUAUAUAUAUAUAUAUAUAUAGAAUUAACUUUUAGAGCAUCUUUAUCUGCAAUCCAUAAUAGUAAAAUGUCUGUGUAUUUUUUUAAAUGUAUCUUUUCAAUAAAAUAAUAAGAAAAAUG